AUGGAUAUUUGGGUGGUUGCAGCGGCUGCUGGGGCUGUGUAUGUAGGCCAGCAUUGGAAGAAUAUUUUGAGGGAUGGGGGAAGUUUUUCAGUGUCAUCAUCCGGGAGGAGUUUUGUCAAGCCUGAAUCCUCUCUCUUUAAAGCGCAGAUUCAGGACAAAAAUUGUCCCUUCAGCAGUUUGGUGCAGAGAAAAAAACCAGUUGAAGAUCCAUAUAUGGAAGAAGAACCAAUUUCUGAUGGUGAUUCCAUGGCAGAAGUGACUUCUACUAGUGGGUCUGAUGGCACAAAACUCUUAGAAUUAGGCAAUCAUAAGGAUUGCAAUCUACUUUCAAUAUCAAGUUUAUCACCUGAGGUUUUAAGCACUGAAGAUCUUCAAGGGGAUCGAAGAGUCAUAAGUGGUGAGAUUGGUGAGAACUUUGGUGAUUUAUUACUUAAACCUUCUAUCAGAGAUAUUGGGUUUGCUUUUGGUUCUGCUAGGAACAAAAGUACCCUUAAAAGCGGCCGGACUCAAUUCAUUAAACCUCUAAGUUCUUUGCAGAGUUGUCUCGUAGCUCAGAUGUACAAGGAACAUGCUGAGAUGGAAGAGUAUAUACUUAGUUCCAUUCCUUCACCAUCUUCACCAACUGUGAAACCAUUUUUUGUGACUGAUGGAGGCAGAAUAAUCUGCAGAGCAAGUGGUGAUGUUUUCAGCAGAGCAACUGGAAUUAGGAAAAAUAAGAUGCACAAGGAGUCCUAUUCAAAAGAGAACGAUACUGUUCUUGGAAUUCCUCCACUGCCAAAUGCCAGGUCUCUGAAGAUUGUAAGGAAAAUGAAAGUUAAGAUGGGCAAGGAGCGGAGUGGAAGAUUGAGCAGUUCCCGCAAAAUGGUCAAUGGAAACCACGUUUCACAAGAUGCAUCAGGAUCAUCCCAUGGAGCUCUUCUUUUUUGUCUUGGCAUAUCUGUUGGCAUUAUAUCUUCGUUAUUAGCUAAUAAUCGGGAGGUAAACAAAUUGAAUGAGUUGUUGAAGCAGACUGAGAACUUGGUUCAGGAUUUACAAGAGGAACUUGAGAUGAAAGAUUCAUUAACUGUGAAACAGCUUGCUACGGAGGAUUACGAAUCAUUGGAUACGCAUCACAAUUAUAACAACAAAGGGGCACCACCUGCAUUGUCCCCUCUACAGAAUUUUCAUGAACCAACAAAAUAUGAUCAUGAAGAAUUACAUGAUCAGAAGGCAGAUGAAGAGUCUCUCAGUAAAAUUGAAGCAGAACUUGAAGCUGAACUGGAGAGACUGGAACUAAAUAUGAAUUCAUCCAGUUUGGAGGGAAAAUUGUUUGAUCUAGUUGAGAUUGACCCAGAUUCUGUGCCAGACAUUGUCCAGGGAGAGUUGAGAACGGACAUGCUUGGUUGGCAAGCUGGUGCCCAACCUUAUGCUGAUCGAGAUGGAAGUGGCAGCUCCACCACUCACUCUGCUAACUAUGCAGUCUCCCCCAGAGAGCUGAGCUUGCGGUUACAUGAAAUCCUUCAAUCAAGACUCGAAGAACGUGUUAAGGAGCUUGAAACAGAACUUCAAAACAGCCAGAAAAAGGUUCAAUACAUGGUAUCAGAGCGUAUAAACUCAUGGAGAGAGUUCUCGAAUAGUGAAGCCGGUUCUUCCUCUAUCCAAGGAAGUCCUAUUGCCAAAGAAGAACAAAACCCUGCAGAACAGACACUGAUUAUUAAUCUGUCAGAUGAACCUCGAUAUGCUUGUAAUGGGGCUUAUGACGAGUUCACAAAGAUUGAAUCAGAAGAAGAGGAUUCGCCAUCAGGAAUCAGGAAGAACAGUUAUCAAGAGAGCUUGCAAUCAUUUGAUGGAAAUUUAUACAUCGUUCAAAAUGGUGUGGUAAACCAUGACAUGCCAUUUCAGCCACUCACUAAAGAGAACGGAGCAACAACAUUCAUCCAGCAAAAGGGAGAAGAUUACAUCACCUUUUCAAACGACAUUGGUUCAAGUGGAGAUGAAAAUGACAAUGAUCACGAUGAGACGGAAAAACUGUUGAUAAAGCAGAUUGUAGAGAAAGCCAGGAAAGGCUCUCCUGUAGUUUUAAAUGCUCAAAGGGCAUUGUUUUUUAGGGAUGAAAAUUUACUUUGA